AUGAGUCCUAGUUAUGGCAACUUGAAGGCUUACAACUACACAGUUCCCAAGCUGACAAUGGCUCAACCACACCUCGCUUUAGUCUUGACAAAUAUAGAGAGCUUAACAAGUAGGAAACAACACAACCAGCUUGGGAACUGGAUAUUUGGCCAUCAUAAUAUACUCACAAAAUUAAAUUGUAUGGCUGGAGAUUCUACCUCCUCAAUACUAAAUCUGUUCCUGCUGCGGAUAACUGUAGAAGUGUUCUGGAGUGGUAGUCGCAGACUUAUGACUACACCGCGGGAGGAGCUAACCGUCAGUUCCAUUUGGCUUUCUGUGCGUAGAUGUCAGCUCGGAGAUUCUGCGCAAAGCAAAUGCCAAGAAUCUCUUGAUUUAGGUGGUGGUGUAACAAUAAAUGCAAGUGACUACUUUAAAUUCAGACGUACUAAUGCAAACCGAUAUAUCAACGACCUCCUGAGAUAUUUCUUUCCAUUGGAAGUGUUAGCCUCAUCGUCUCUUACUGGUGGAGAGUGUUUUGCAAAUAAAGACAAAGGCCCAUCGAAUAAGAAUCAGCUAGACCCAUGCAUCAUUCGGGUCAUCACACAUGAUGCAAUCCGGAAUUUCCCCAACAUUGAUGAAAAGCAAGUGAGGAAUGCGAUUCGUCGCAAAUUGAACACUGAGUCCAGGAUCUUUCGCAGUCAAGAGAAAUUUGGUGGGCCUGGAAAAAGAAAUGGGGCUCAGCGACGUAGAAGUCGCUUCUCAGAGUCUCCCAGAGCACUGGUUUCCAUAGAGAGGUCAGACCGAGAGAAGGACAAAGGUCCUGCUAUGGUCACCCCAAAUGUUACUGUUGAAAAGGCACCGUCCAAGGAAGCUCGUCGAUCCUCAUACUCAUCCCCAGGAGGACAGAUUCAGCAAGGGUCGGAAAAAGAUGGGAAGAGAGAUGGAGAACCAUCUUAUUUCAACAGGCAGGAAAAAUCCACACCAAGAGUUAGUGACCAGCACCAGCCCUCAAACAACUCUGCCACCCCGACCCCCGUUGCUACCCCAAGCCUUCCAUCUUCAUCCUCUUCACCUGUGACCACCAGUGACAAGACCUUUAAGCUUUGUCAUGAGAACCUGGUAAAGGCAGAGCUGCCCAGCACUGCCCAGUACUUGCCUCAGGAGUAUUCAUACCCUGCAGUGAUGCCACCUCAUGUCAGUCAGGCCUAUUUACCACACCACAUGGCUGCUGCUGAUCCAACAUAUUUGCGAAGAUUGGAAAUGACUCAGGGGGCUCCACAUCCUGCUGCACUCUCUUAUACGUAUCCACACACAACCUUACCAACCUCUGAGUCUAUGGAACCUAGCCUUCACAUGUAAUAUUAUUUGAUAUAGUGCAGCAUCCAGUGCAAAUGUAGAUGUAAUACUUGCUUUGUGGAACAGAGUCCUAUGUAAUUUUUUUUCCUGUUUCUUUUCUCAGUUAUUUCUAUAUCAGUGCAUUGCAUUGUUAGGAAAAUGAUCUGAUAAUUCAACAAUAUUUUUAUUACUACUAUUACUACCACCAUUGCUUUUUCUUUUUUUCUUUUUUAUUCUUAUUAAUUUUUUUUAGAAGUAUUUCUAAAAAAAAUUCAAAUAAAGAGGAUAGGAAAUCUUAGGUUUAGUGUGUGAAAGGACCAGAGUAUAAGAAAAUAAAGGUUAUGCAUACAUACAUACCCAUACAUACAUAGAUACAUAUGCAAAUGUACAGAUACAUGCAAUAAUAUAUACAU